GCUUCUGGAAUUACAACAUCCAAAGGUCUAGCAACGAAUGUAGGUACAAGAAAGCCUGUUGAAGCAACCACUGGCCAGUUAACAUUCUCCACCACAGCAGUUCUUGAAACCACGACUUCAGUGCCCGAGGCCACAACAAAGAGCAGCGAAAGUACAGUAGUAUCAUCAAAGCCCUCUCUUUAUACAAGAACUACAGCAGGCCCUUUCACCACCUCUCAGAGAGCUACAACUGAAUUUGUUGAAACUACUUUCUCAGAAACAACAACAGUAAACAUUGGUUCAACAAAACCCCCAAAAGUUGGCACAACAGGCCCAGUGACUGGCUCCAUAACAGAAGUUGUUGAAACCACAACUGCAGCCCCAGGAAUCAUGUCAACAAGCCAGGAAACAACACUUUUCACAUCCAAACCUUCUAUUGUUACCAAAACCACAACAACACCUUCUAGAACCACUGGGGGAUUUACAACAAAAGCUUCUGAAAUUACAACAUCCGAAGGUCUAGCAACGAAUGUAGGUACAAGAAAGCCUGUUGAAGCAACCACUGGCCAGUUAACAUUCUCCACCACAGCAGUUCUUGAAACCACGACUUCAGUGCCCGAGGCCACAACAAAGAGCAGCGAAAGUACAGUAGUAUCAUCAAAGCCCUCUCUUCAUACAAGAACUACAGCAGGCCCUUUCACCACCUCUCAGAGAGCUACAACUGAAUUUGUUGAAACUACUUUCUCAGAAACAACACCUGUAAACAUUGGUUCAACAAAACCCCCAAAAGUUGGCACAACAGGCCCAGUGACUGGCUCCAUAACAGAAGUUGUUGAAACCACAACUGCAGUCCCAGGAAUAAUGUCAACAAGCCAGGAAACAACACUUUUCACAUCCAAACCUUCUAUUGUUACCAAAACCACAACAACACCUUCUAGAACCACAGGGGGAUUUACAACAAAAGCUUCUGAAAUUACAACAUCCGAAGGUCUAGCAACGAAUGUAGGUACAAGAAAGCCUGUUGAAGCAACCACUGGCCAGUUAACAUUUUCCACCACGGCAGUUCUUGAAACCACGACUUCAGUGCCCGAGGCCACAACAAAGAGCAGCGAAAGUACAGUAGUAUCAUCAAAGCCCUCUCUUCAUACAAGAACUACAGCAGGCCCUUUCACCACCUCUCAGAAAGCUACAACUGAAUUUGUUGAAACUACUUUCUCAGAAACAACUGUAAACAUUGGUUCAACAAAACCCCCAAAAGUUGGCACAACAGGCCCAGUGACUGGCUCCAUAACAGAAGUUGUUGAAACCACAACUGCAGUCCCAGGAAUAAUGUCAACAAGCCAGGAAACAACACUUUUCACAUCCAAACCUUCUAUUGUUACCAAAACCACAACAACACCUUCUAGAACCACAGGGGGAUUUACAACAAAAGCUUCUGAAAUUACAACAUCCGAAGGUCUAGCAACGAAUGUAGGUACAAGAAAGCCUGUUGAAGCAACCACUGGCCAGUUAACAUUCUCCACCACAGCAGUUCUUGAAACCACGACUUCAGUGCCCGAGGCCACAACAAAGAGCAGCGAAAGUACAGUAGUAUCAUCAAAGCCCUCUCUUCAUACAAGAACUACAGCAGGCCCUUUCACCACCUCUCAGAGAGCUACAACUGAAUUUGUUGAAACUACUUUCUCAGAAACAACACCUGUAAACAUUGGUUCAACAAAACCCCCAAAAGUUGGCACAACAGGCCCAGUGACUGGCUCCAUAACAGAAGUUGUUGAAACCACAACUGCAGUCCCAGGAAUAAUGUCAACAAGCCAGGAAACAACACUUUUCACAUCCAAACCUUCUAUUGUUACCAAAACCACAACAACACCUUCUAGAACCACAGGGGGAUUUACAACAAAAGCUUCUGAAAUUACAACAUCCGAAGGUCUAGCAACGAAUGUAGGUACAAGAAAGCCUGUUGAAGCAACCACUGGCCAGUUAACAUUUUCCACCACGGCAGUUCUUGAAACCACGACUUCAGUGCCCGAGGCCACGACAAAGAGCAGCGAAAGUACAGUAGUAUCAUCAAAGCCCUCUCUUCAUACAAGAACUACAGCAGGCCCUUUCACCACCUCUCAGAGAGCUACAACUGAAUUUGUUGAAACUACUUUCUCAGAAACAACUGUAAACAUUGGUUCAACAAAACCCCCAAAAGUUGGCACAACAGGCCCAGUGACUGGCUCCAUAACAGAAGUUGUUGAAACCACAACUGCAGUCCCAGGAAUAAUGUCAACAAGCCAGGAAACAACACUUUUCACAUCCAAACCUUCUAUUGUUACCAAAACCACAACAACACCUUCUAGAACCACAGGGGGAUUUACAACAAAAGCUUCUGAAAUUACAACAUCCGAAGGUCUAGCAACGAAUGUAGGUACAAGAAAGCCUGUUGAAGCAACCACUGGCCAGUUAACAUUCUCCACCACAGCAGUUCUUGAAACCACGACUUCAGUGCCCGAGGCCACAACAAAGAGCAGCGAAAGUACAGUAGUAUCAUCAAAGCCCUCUCUUCAUACAAGAACUACAGCAGGCCCUUUCACCACCUCUCAGAGAGCUACAACUGAAUUUGUUGAAACUACUUUCUCAGAAACAACACCUGUAAACAUUGGUUCAACAAAACCCCCAAAAGUUGGCACAACAGGCCCAGUGACUGGCUCCAUAACAGAAGUUGUUGAAACCACAACUGCAGUCCCAGGAAUAAUGUCAACAAGCCAGGAAACAACACUUUUCACAUCCAAACCUUCUAUUGUUACCAAAACCACAACAACACCUUCUAGAACCACAGGGGGAUUUACAACAAAAGCUUCUGAAAUUACAACAUCCGAAGGUCUAGCAACGAAUGUAGGUACAAGAAAGCCUGUUGAAGCAACCACUGGCCAGUUAACAUUCUCCACCACGGCAGUUCUUGAAACCACGACUUCAGUGCCCGAGGCCACAACAAAGAGCAGCGAAAGUACAGUAGUAUCAUCAAAGCCCUCUCUUCAUACAAGAACUACAGCAGGCCCUUUCACCACCUCUCAGAGAGCUACAACUGAAUUUGUUGAAACUACUUUCUCAGAAACAACUGUAAACAUUGGUUCAACAAAACCCCCAAAAGUUGGCACAACAGGCCCAGUGACUGGCUCCAUAACAGAAGUUGUUGAAACCACAACUGCAGUCCCAGGAAUAAUGUCAACAAGCCAGGAAACAACACUUUUCACAUCCAAACCUUCUAUUGUUACCAAAACCACAACAACACCUUCUAGAACCACAGGGGGAUUUACAACAAAAGCUUCUGAAAUUACAACAUCCGAAGGUCUAGCAACGAAUGUAGGUACAAGAAAGCCUGUUGAAGCAACCACUGGCCAGUUAACAUUCUCCACCACAGCAGUUCUUGAAACCACGACUUCAGUGCCCGAGGCCACAACAAAGAGCAGCGAAAGUACAGUAGUAUCAUCAAAGCCCUCUCUUCAUACAAGAACUACAGCAGGCCCUUUCACCACCUCUCAGAGAGCUACAACUGAAUUUGUUGAAACUACUUUCUCAGAAACAACAACUGUAAACAUUGGUUCAACAAAACCCCCAAACGUUGGCACAACAGGUCCAGUGACUGGCUCCAUAACAGAAGUUGUUGAAACCACUGAGUCUGAAGCCUCCCGUAAAACGUCACUUUCUGAGGUUUUAACGACAGGGAGCCUUAGUACAUUGUAUUUUAGUUCAACAACAACCAAGAAAUCUCCCCUCAUUACAACAAAAGCUCCAAUUUUAACUGUAUCUACAACCAUCGGACCAUUUAUCACAACAACGAGCCUUACAACAACCAUAGGUGUCAUAACUGGACAGUUACACACAACUAGUGUACUUACAAACCCUUCUGUGAAAAACACAACAUCCUUAUCCACUAAAAGUCCCUUAGGAGGUACAACAUAUAUUGCUCCCAUAACACAGACACUUCCAGGCAGCACAACAGUUUAUCCUUCUAGAUCAACUAUUAAGACAACUGGAGCAACACUCAUCUCCUCUUCACGUUUUACCACAGCAUUAUGUGUGUGUGAUGUUAACGGAACAUCUCAUCAUCCCGGGGACUUGUUAUACAAUGUUACUGAUGGCCUUGGGUGGUGCUACAGUGCAUAUUGCAAUGUAUCUUGUAAAGUUGAAACACAAUCCAGCCCAUGUCCAACCACACUGACGGCUAGCACUACUGCACAUUCUUCCGCUUCACUGUUCAGCACAAGAAAGGCCCCAAUUUCAAGCUCAGUACUUUUGACCACAGCCACUACAAUAGGAUCUACAGCUAGCCAAGACUGCUAUGAUGUGUAUCCACCAAAACAGAAUGGAGAGUCCUGGAAGAUUAGCAAUUGCACCACAGCAACUUGCACAGGAGGCAAGAUAACCGUCUCACCUACGGUCUGUCCUAAUGUAACCCAACCCAUCUGUGCCAAUAGGAGAAAACCUAUCAAGAUCUAUGAGCAAAAUGGAUGUUGCUUUCACUAUGAAUGUGAAUGUGUGUGUAGUGUCUGGAGUGGAUCCUACUACAUGACAUUUGAUGGACAAAUGUAUAAUUUGCGACAGAACUGCUCUUAUUACUUGGUUAAGGAGAUUAUUUCUAAAUAUAACUUGACUAUUACAAGAAGCAAUGACUGUGAUCCUUCAGACAGCACAUUCUGCCCUCUGGCUCUCACUGUCACAUAUCAAUCAGUAAAGGUAGUUUUGACCCAGGUGAAGACUCCAGGAACACCAACUAAUGUGGUGUAUGUAAAUGAGAAACGUAUCUACCCAGCCUAUAGCAGUUCGGUCCUGCUCCUCUUUGGCACAGAUAUGGAAAUCACAGCAGUGAUACAGGAGAUCAACGCAAAAAUAAUCUAUAGAGGCUUUUCAUUCAGUAUUGACCUUCCCUAUUCUCUGUUUGUGGGAAACACUGAGGGACAGUGUGGUACUUGUGACAACUCCCAGGCCAAUGACUGCCGUUCUCCAAAUGGCCAAAUAGAAAACUGCUCAGAAUCUGCAGAACUGUGGACUAUCCCCGGUACAGCCUGUGUCACCCCAACCACCCCUUCACCUACUUCAAAAACAGAACCUGUAACUUCAUCAAGGCACCCAUAUCCAACAACACAACACACCUGCAAACCUGCCAUUUGUGAACUCCUUAUGAGCAGUUUGUUUGCACCAUGCCACACACUCAUAUACCCAGGACCAUUUGUGACAUCCUGCGCCUAUGAGCUUUGCAGUGGUGGUAAUAGCACCUGCUCCAGCCUGGAGGCAUAUGCUGCUGAGUGUUCCAAUGCAGGAGUCUGUAUUGACUGGAGAAAUGCCACCAAUGGACUGUGUGAACAUAGAUGUUCAAGCAACAAAGUGUACAUAGCGUGCGGCCCCUCGAUAGAGCCUACAUGCAAUGACAGAUACAACAAGAAGUUUCAGGCAGAUAUGACAGCAGCUGCUAACUACACCAAGGAAGGCUGCUUCUGUCCUCAGGCCACCACAUUAUUCAACACAGUGUAUGACACAUGCGUCACCACCUGCGACUGUGUUGGACCAGAUGGAAAACCCAAACAGCCUGGGGAAAUAUGGGCAAGUGAAUGCAACACCUGUGAGUGUGACCAGGAUUCAAUGAGUGUCCGCUGUGAGCCUGUGAAGUGCCCUGAGGUCCAAAACCCCAACUGCACUGAGUAUGGCCAGCAACUGCUCAACAAAACAGAAGGCUGCUGCCCAACACAGACAUGUGAAUGUAACUUUAACCAGUGUGCUGCUCUUCUUAUCUGCCCCCUGGGCUUCGAACUGAACAUCACCAAUGGGACUUGCUGCCAAUCCUAUAAGUGUGUUCCUAAAGGUGUAUGUGUCUAUGACAUGACUGAGUUCAAGCCCGGUGCCAAGAUACCAACCCCUCAAACACUAUCAGAAGCUCCACUGGAAGAACCAUCAGGAGCCAAAGCAUCAUCCAAAACAGGAGAAGAUACCAGUGUAACUGUGCAGGAUGAGUCUUUUAAUCCUGUACCCUGCCAGGAGUGUUACUGUGGACCCAAAAGAAACCUCACCACCAAACUCAACAUCAUCACAUGCACACCAGUUGUUUGUAACACAAGCUGCUCUGAAGGUUUUGAAUAUCAGACUACUACAGAUGAGUGCUGUGGGACGUGUGUACAGAAGAGCUGUAUUUUCACCACUUCUAAAGACCAGACAGUAAAGAUCCUUGAGGUCAACAGCACUUUUGUUCCACCUGGUGACAAUUGUGUGCAAUACAAAUGUGAGAAGAUCAACGGACAGAUUCUGAUCAAGGAAACAAGGACCACUUGUCCUCCCUUCAACCCGCUGGACUGUAAACCUGGUACUGAGACAGCUGAUGCCAGCGGCUGCUGCAAAAUCUGCAAGCCAGAGAGUGUCUGUAAGGUCGACAGUAAGAGGACCAUCAUUAAGGUGAACAACUGCAUCAGUGCUGAGCCGGUUUACGUCACAUCAUGUGUUGGACAUUGCAGAAGCUCAUCUAUGUACUCAGCAGCAGCUAACAUGAUGAUGCACCACUGUGAGUGUUGCCAUGAGGCCACAACCAGCAUGAAGCAAGUGCAGCUGACCUGCGCUGAUGGUUCCAAAGUCCAGCACAGCUACACCCAUGUGGAAAACUGCCGCUGCAGACAGGAAGGAUGCGCAGCAAGCACCACAACUAAACCUCAGCGCCGUAGGAGACGCUGAACCGCUUCUCAUUUACAAUCAUAAAUGUUGUAACUUUUUCCACACUUUAUUAUUUAUAGUGCAAUGUGCUCAUCUCCAGAGUCACUGUUAGAAAUAAAACUACUUCUGCAUUUAUUGCUGAUAAUAAAUAAAACAUAUCUGCAAAAUGA